AUGUCAUCAAGUGCUCAUGAGUUGUUUAGAUCUAUUGAACCAUAUCUAACCAAUUGGUGGAUUAUCUGUAUAGGAACAUACGUGUUGUUCAGCAUAUUAACAUGGAUCAAUGAACGUAUUUUGAUGAAAAAGCUUGGUGCCAAACCAAUACAAUUCAUUGCUCCUGAUCCAUUUUGGGGCAUUCCAUUAAUGUUCAGACUUUUGAGGAAGAAAAAGGAUGGAACCAUGGUAGAUAUGACAAAGGAAAGAUUCGAAGAAUUCGGAAUCGAGACUUUUAGUUUUCGAGUAGGUGGAACUCCUGUUAUAACGACAAAGGACCCAGAGAAUAUUAAAGCGAUGUUGGCUACUCAAUUCAACGAUUUUGCGUUGGGGAAAAGACACACUUAUUUUAAACCGUUAUUGGGAGAUGGUAUUUUCACAUUAGAUGGAGCAGGAUGGAAGCACUCACGGGCGAUGUUGAGACCACAAUUUUCUCGGGAGCAAGUUGCGCAUGUAAGAGCGUUAGAACCUCACUUGCAGACGCUUGCUAAACACAUCAUAAAUUCUAAGGGAGAAAGAUUCGAUAUCCAGCCGUUAUUUUUUAGAUUAACCAUUGACAGUGCUACGGAAUUUUUGUUUGGUGAAUCGGUGGAAAACUUACAUGAUGAGAGCGUUGGGCUUACUAGAGAUCCUGUUGACUUUGACGGUAAAUCUGGAUUUGCCGAUGCGUUUAAUACCUCUCAAGCAUGGUUAGCCUCAAGAGCUGUUAGUAAAAAUUUGUCUCUCUUUGUUGAUGGUAAGGAAUUCAGGAAUUCGAAUGCUAAGGUCCAUAAGUUCGCUGAUUACUACGUCCGGAAAGCUUUAGAAGCUUCUCCAGAAGAUUUAGAAAAAGCGUCAAGGGAUGGAUAUAUUUUCUUGUAUGAAUUAGUCAAACAAACUAGAGAUCCAGUUAUUUUAAGGGACCAAUUAUUGAACAUAUUGUUAGCAGGAAGAGAUACUACAGCCGGUUUAUUGUCAUUCACAUUUUUUGAAUUAGCACGCAACCAGGAUGUCUAUGACAAAUUAAAAGAGGAAAUAUAUGAAAAGUUCGGAGAGGGAGAAGAUUCCAGAGUUAAUGAAAUUACAUUUGAAUCGUUGAAGAAAUGUGAAUUUUUAAAAUGCGUUUUGAAUGAGAUUUUAAGAUUGUAUCCUUCGGUUCCUCUGAAUACGAGAUGCGCUACCAAGAACACCACUUUACCUAGAGGCGGCGGACCGGAUGGACAAUCCUCAAUAUUCAUCCCGAAAGGUAAGAGUGUCCUUUAUUCUGUUUAUGCUACUCACCGAAACCCAAAAUAUUAUGGAAAGGGUGCAGAAGAAUUCAGACCUUCGAGAUGGUUAGAACCAGAGAUAAGAAAAGUGGGUUGGGCAUUCUUACCAUUUAACGGUGGCCCAAGAAUUUGCUUAGGCCAGCAGUUCGCAUUAACAGAAGCUUCUUAUAUUAUUGUUAGGUUAAUACAAAUGUUUCCUAACUUGAAUAGUUUCUGUGAAAAAUAUCCUCCUAGGAAGAGUUCGCAUUUAACAAUGUGCCAUCAAGAUGGUGUGUCUAUUGGAAUGUUUUAA